AUGCAUCACGACAACCGAACUUUUCCACCAGAGAAUGAAUCAAAGAAGACGAAGUUGAUUAAAACUCAUCUUAAGAAAAUCAACAAGCCUUUUGUUAAGUCAAUUCAGAGUCCAGAUGGUGAUAUCAUAGAUUGUGUUUUGUUUCAUCUUCAACCAGCUUUUGAUCGUCCGGAGUUAAACAGAACGGUGUCAGUGGAUCCAGAAGAGCCAACAAGUGAACAAAAAACUGUAGAAAUAGAACCAGAAUUGAAGCAAAUAUGGAGUUCAAAGGGGGAGUCAUGUCCUCAAGGAACAAUUCCAAUCAGAAGAACAAGUGAAGAAGACAUUUCCAGAUCCGUUCGCCUUUCUAAAUUUGGAAAGAAAUUUAGCACAAUCAGUCAAAAACAAAUCGAAAAUGGCCAUGAGCAUGCGACAGGACACGUAUACGGAGGGGAGUACUACGGAGCAAAAGGAGCAUUAAAUAUCUGGUCUCUGAAUGUUUCUAAUCCAAGUGAUUUUAGCGUUUCACAAGUUUGGAUUUCUACUAAUGGGAUUCCAAACCAUUUAACGAACACUAUUGAAGCUGGUUGGACGGUUAAUCCGACGGUAUUUGGAGACUAUUCUUCUAGAUUUUUUAUUUAUUGGACUAACGAUGAGUACUUUAAAACUGGAUGCUACAAUUUGCUGUGUUCGGGGUUCGUCCAAACAACCAAUAAGAUCGCACUUGGAGCUGCUAUAGUUCCAAUAUCAACAUAUAAUGAUAUACAGAUCGACCUUAUUAUAUUCAUCUGGAAGAGUCCAAGAUACGGGAUCUGGUGGUUGAAGGUGGGACCUCAUGUGGUCGGGUACUGGCCAUCGAGUUUAUUCACAGACCUUGGAGACCAUGCAACAACGGUUAUGUUUGGGGGAGAGGUUUUCAGUUAUCAAACAUCACCGCACACAUCGACCCAAAUGGGAAGCGGACACUUCUCAUUCGAAGGGUUUAAGAAAUCGUGUUAUAUUAGGAACAUGCGAGUGGUUGAUAAGGAACUUAAGCUAAGUUCGAUGUCUGAUUUGAUCGUGACGGCAGAUAACGAAACUUGUUAUGAUAUUACAAGUGGGGUUGCCGACAAUUGGGGCAGUUAUAUAUUUUUCGGAGGACCUGGAAAAAAUCCAAAUUGUCCGUAA